AUGUCUAGCAAAAGGCCUAAUUUCCUCGUCAUCGUGGCCGACGAUCUGGGAUUCAGUGACUGCGGUUGCUUUGGCUCAGAGAUCCAGACUCCGAACGUGGACAGGCUUGCGAAGGAAUCGGACGCGGCUCGAUUUACCAACUACCAUGUUGCGGCGGCGUGCUCUCCUACCCGUUCGAUGUUGAUGACUGGAACCGACCAUCACAUUGCAGGACUUGGUCAGCUCCACGAGAUGACACGAGCAUCCCCGGCCCAUCGUGGACAACCCGGCCAUGAAGGCUACCUGAAUGACCGUGUUGUCGCUCUUCCAGAGUUGCUCUCCGAAGGCGGAUAUUUCACCUGCAUGAGUGGCAAGUGGCAUUUGGGUAUGCGGCCGGAGCACCAUCCAAUCCAACGUGGAUUCAAGAAGUCAUUUGCCUUGCUUCCAGGAUGUGCCAAUCACUACGCCUACGAACCUCAAUACGAGGAUCCUCUCCAUGAACCGACCAAGUUCUUCGAGACUGCCACCAGGGCUCUCCACGCAGAAGAUGACCACUUCAUCAAGGAGUUGACGGAGGACUUCUACAGCAGUGACGCCUACGCCGAUAAAAUGAUCAGCUAUCUGAGCGAGCGAAGCGAGGCUGAGAAGGACCAACCAUUCUUCGCCUAUCUCCCUUUCAGCGCUCCCCACUGGCCUCUGCAAGCGCCCAAAGAAAGCUGCGACAAAUACCGCGGGCUCUACGAUGACGGACCUGAGGCGUUACGUCAGCGACGUCUUGCUCGUUUGGUCGAACUCGGCAUGGUCGACCCAGAUGUGAAAGCCCACCCCGUAGUAAUUAUAGACGGCAAGCCGGAGAACUGGUCUGACCUCCCACCUGAGAUCCGGCAAAGCUCAUCUCGAGCUAUGGAGGUGUAUGCGGGCAUGGUCGACCGUAUGGACCACAACAUUGGCCGGGUGGUAGACUACCUGAAAGAAACCGGUGAAUAUGAUAAUACCUUUGUAUUGUUCAUGAGCGACAACGGCGCAGAAGGUGCAAGCUACGAGGCUCAGCCGCUGGUGGGUCAAAGCAUUGUUGAGCACAUUGACAAGUACUACGACAACAGCCUCGACAACAUUGGUCGUGCGAACUCAUUUGUGUGGUACGGCUGUCGAUGGGCUCAGGCAGCCACGGCACCUUCGCGGCUGUAUAAAAUGCACUCCACCGAGGGGGGCUGUCGGGUGCCGUUGAUCGUGAAACCGCCUCGCCAGAAGCAAAUGUCUGGCGGCUCAAAUCCAGCUUACAUGACAGACGCUUUUUGCACGGUGAUGGAUAUUGUGCCGACGGUGUUGGAAUACGCCCAGCUGAAACAUCCUGGUGCGCAGUAUCGGGGGCGCAAGAUCGCGCCACUGAAAGGUCGCAGCUGGGUUGACUUUUUCACUCGCCCUGUCUGCAAUGGAUCUAUCGUCUCGUCGAAGAAGACCAUUCACGACUCAGACUAUGUGGUCGGGUUCGAGAUCGCUGGGUCAGGAGCACUGAGGCGCGGAGACUGGAAGAUCACAUUCGUGCCGGCGCCCAAAGGGCCCCAGAAAUGGGAGCUCUUCAACAUCAAGACCGACCCAGGCGAAACCGACGAUCUAGCAGAUAAAGAUCCCGCGAGGAUGGCAGAAAUGCUGGCGCUGUGGAAGGAGUACAAGGAGGAAGUUGGCUCUGUCGGCGUUGCAGGUGAAUAUCCUUCUUAUGUCCAAGGCGACCCCAACACGACAGUUGCGGACGAGUUCGAGGAUCCUUAUACGUGGAUCAAGUACAUUGGGCGACCAGAGAUGACACCGGAGCGACUCAAAGCGACGAUACCUUCUUGCAGGUAA